GAAGUACUCACCAUUCUGUCUUCCGGCAAACGUACAAUUCGAAACGUGUUUGCGUCCAAGUAGUUCAUCUUUGAAGUCUUACAGCAGCUCGUGUUUUAUUGCCUUACAAUCGCAGGACCACCCUCCUCCCUUUCAUCCUCCUCAAUUGAUUUGUGUUGUGAGCUUCAACGUGCUGCCAGUGUCUAUCUCCCACAUAUCCUCAUUUUGCUUCUAAGUGUAGAAAUAAAACAGUAAUAAUACAACAACAACAAAAAAAGCCGGGUGCGUCUUCCCUCCUUCCAAAGUGAAUCUUCUGCAGCGCAGCCUCUUUCUUUCCGUAUUCUCUUCUGCGGUUUUACUUUUCUCCCUUUUUUCACGUCGCCGUCAGCGGCUCUUACUCGGGGGAACCUCUCCUCGCCUCUCCUUUCGCUUUCUCUUGAUGCGCUUGCAGCACCACAAAAUAUAUAUAUAUAUAUAUAAAGGAAAAACAGGAACAUACCUUCUUCCUUCCUUCCUUCUUUCUUUCUUCCUUAUUAUUUAUUUCCGUUUGCUUAGGUCACUAUAUAGCAUUCAAUCGUCUCCUUCUUUUAUUUGCUUUCCUCAAAGAGCCACCAUUUGACCACGCCCCGGCCACCUCCUUACGCCUCUAACGUGCCUGCCCCACCAGAAAGAAGAGCAACAGCUGUGCAUUUUUUUUUUUGCAUUACCGCACGGCAUACGCCACGGGAGCCGAGUUACCGGGAGCAACGCCGGCGUGGAACACGUAAGCGCAGCUUUUCUUCAAUAAUCCAACAACAACAAAGAACUCCUGCUGUGGAAAGUGUCUCUCCCUCUCCCUCUCGCUCUCUUUUCUUUAGCGUGCGCAUCACGGUACUUCGUCAGAGAACAACCCUGACGCACCGCCUCAAAGAGCCAAAAAGAAAAAGAGAUAAAUAGAGAAGGACCAAGCAAAUAACUGCAUACUUGGCGGGUCCUACAGAAACACAGACCUCAAACAACAACAAGAAGAGCAGCACUGCCCGAGUUCUCUCAUCUAUUUUUCUUGUUUUGUUAUUAUUUUCUUGUUUCCUUGUUUCCUUGCUUUCUGUUUUCAUUUUGUUUUCCAUUGUGUUUUUUCUCUUCUGGCUUACUUGCUGAAAACUGUUGUGGACGUUAACUAUGUAUUGAUACACACCUCCCCAGCAGUUACUUCUUCGUCUCCUUUCUCUUUCGGUUGUAAACUCUUCUCUUUUUGUAUUUCUUUUUUAUUUACUUUUGCGAAGUUUAUCCGAGUCAUUUGCGUAGCAGAUACCAUUAUCAACACCGUUCUACCAGACCUUCAAAAACACACACCCACACACCCACACACCAUCAAAUAAAGACAUUCUAAUAAAUACAAAGCUGAGCGCUUGAACAUCAGCUGCUAUUAUAACCCUCUCCGUUGUUUUCUCUAUUAUCAGGUUUUUUCUUUAGAGCGCUGGAAAGGAGCCACUUCGGCUUACAUCACAUCCGAAAUUCACUGCCUUGGAAAAGAAGACUUCUAUCACGGGAACCUAACCGCAAAGGCGCGACGUGGCGAGUAUCUUUCUCUUUCUCUUUUCUAACUUUACCAUCUGUUGUUGUCGGACACGGGCACGCUUCUCUUUUUCUGUCCACUGUAUACCUCUCUUGCUUUUCAGCAUUUUUUUUCUUCUGGAAAGCCUUUUUCUUUGCUUUAUCACCCGUCAUGAGUUCGGAAAGCGCUCCCCAAGGGGACGCCGGCGUGCCCGCACCUGCCAAUCCGCCGGAACCACCCUCGACCAAUGCAGCCGUCGAGGCGACGAGCGCCGCACCGCCGCCGCAUCCGCAGAGAGUUGCUCGUGAGGAGCGUGAGGACGCGGACGCGGACGAUGAUUUGUUUUCUGAAGUAUCCCUGCGCAGUGAGGACCCCCUCCACUACGACCCGCAAGGCGGCCGCCACGCCAGCAGCGACGAACUGAUCGAAGACAACGCAGAGCUGACGGAGCACCUGGCCCACGGUACCUACGAUCAUGACGCACACGAUGCUCACCUGCCCAAGGACCACAUUGACGGCCCCCAGACCAGCGCGGAUGAUCUCCUUCAACACGGCGCAGGCGGCGGCAGCGCAGACAGCCUGCCGUACGGGUGUGGGCUGAAGAGCCACCCGUCCUCGCCGCAGCAACGGCGGCCUCCACGUGUGAAUCUCCUUCACCUCUUCAACCGUCAGAAUAUCAAGGUGUCAGUGGUGCCCAUCAUCGGCGGCCUCAUCUCCGGCUACACGAUCGCUGUGGUACCCGUGUACACGCAGCUGUUUGUGGCCGGCACGAACUGCGCCCUCUACACGGCCCAGAAGGGGUGCGAGUCGGUGCCGUUCGCGGACUGCAUGUGGCGCACCGCAACGGUGACGCGGGACGACGGCACGACGCAGUCGCUGAACUACUGCGGAUGGCCGGCGAUCACGUGCCGCGCGACGUACCCGAACGAUGGGUGGAUGGGCGGUGGUGGCAACACGACGCUGGCGGAGAUGCGGUGCCUGCAGGACAGCCGGUGCACGUGGUCGUACAGCGCGAAGGAGUGCCAGAACCCGAACGGGUACACCAUUGCUGAAUUGGGUGUCUUCGCCGGUUCGAUGAUUGCGGGUAACAUGUUCGGCGCGAUCCUGGGCGGUCCGCUGGUGACAAGCAUGGGCGCUCGGCUGACGUUCAUCGUCAGCGGGUUUUUCAGCGUUGUCACGAGCAUCAUGGGUCACGCUGAUGCGCUCUUGAAUGACUUCUGGGUGCUUGCCUCCAGCCGUUUUGUGCUGGGCAUCUUCAUGGGCCUCAUCACGGUGGCCUGCCCCCUCUACGUUCAUGAGAACGCAGACCCCUUUUACAAGCCCAAAAUGGGCCUCGUAUUCCAGGUGUUUGCCACCGUUGGCAGUUUUCUCGGUGCUGUUGUCGGCAUCGGUGUCGGUGAAACAAUUGACUACGCUGCGAAUGCAAGUCAGCACAUCUCUGCGCGCAUGCAGGGCAUCACGGCCGGUCAGACUCUUCUGGCAAUUCUCCUGUUCUUGCUCGGCGUCUUCUGCGCGGACUCGAAGGUGAAGUUUAAGAAAGGCGUUGAGGGUGCGUUGAAUCAAAAUGAGUACAGUUAUUGGAAGAUGGCACCGCGGCUGAUGAUGGUCAUCGCGCUCAACGCCACAUUUCGUUUUACUGGAUUCAACGCACUAGCGAAUUUCGGUCCGAAGCUGAUGUCGAGCUUCAACGUGGCACCGUUCCUCGGUGUCUUCAUCAUCUUAACGGUCAAUUGCGCUGGCGGUCUGGUGUCGAUGCCCGCCAGCCUCUUCGUGUCACCGAAGACACUUUUCUUGUUCGGCUCGUGCUUUAUUUCGUGUAUGUGCCUCUUCCUGUGUGGCAUUCCCGUGUACCCCGGCGUGGCCUCCGCCUCCGUGACGAACACCUGCGCCGUGGUGGGCAUCUGCCUCUACAUCUUCACGUAUGAGGUCUUUGUGGGCCCCAGCUUCUACGUGCUGUGCCAGGAUAUUUUCCCGCCGUCGUUCCGUCCCCGCGGCAACUCCUUCGCGCAGCUGUGGCAGUUCAUUUUUAAUCUGGUGAUCAACGUGUGCUAUUCGAUUGCUGUGGUCAGUUUUUCUGGUGGCCCGGAGGGCGAUCAGCACAAGGGGCAGGCCGUCAUUUUCAUCUUCUUUGGAGCAUUGGGUCUUGUGCUGUUCGUGUACGAGUUCUUCUGCUUGGAUUUGUGGGAUACGGCGGCGGAGGCGGAGCGGAAGCGCAAAGCUGCCGAAAAAGUCCCCACCAUACCCAACGUUACGGGGGACAGCACGUCGAAUCAAAUGGGGGUGCCUCCGGAGGACUUAAACUCAGACGAGGUGGAAAUGCGCGUUUAG